ACGGCAUCUCCGAGGCGGAGGCAGUGGCCGUUUAGUCUGCAAGUGCUUCUCGUAGUUAUCAGUUUCGAGCCGAAACCACCCCCGGUGGAUAGAAACGCGCGCAAGCCGCCCCCGGCGAAGCAGAGCGAGACGAGGAGAACACGGAAAGAAACUAGCCGGGCCGGUUCAACGGCUCCGAGGCCCUUCGAACUUAGAUUCUCAACCCGUUUAUGAGGAUUAAUUUCAACUAUAUUAUAAAGGAAACGUGAGGUUACAGAAGGAAGACGGUGGGGCACAAGAGGGAAUGCUGGUGAGGUGGUAUUUGCUCUACUCAUCCCUCUACAUACUCAUCUGAUGAUGGGCAGUUGAUGGUGCGGAUGCCGUUCCUAACCGGGAAAAUGACGUCUCGGCUCUCCGCAAUGUUUUAUACCGUGGAGGUCGGCGACACCAAGUUUACCAUCCUUAAGAGGUAUCAGAACUUGAAGCCAAUCGGAUCCGGAGCGCAGGGGAUUGUCUGUUGCUGAACGUCCAGCACAGCAGAAUUUUAUUUUUGUUUUUGAUUCUUAUCAUUUAUUUAAAGAGAGAGUAUCUUUGUAAUUUGUUCUCACUUGUUUAUUUGUUGUGAUACAAGAUGCGAUUGUCUCAGGAUAAUGCUGCACGUAGUCAUUUGGCAUGUGUAAAUUAAAGUGAAGGUAGAACUAGUAGUGCAUGGGAGGGCUGUGAAAGUGUGCAUGCGGGGAAAAAUGACGUUUUACACAAUGGAAUUCGAUAACACGGCGUUCACCGUGCCGUCAAGAUAUUCAAAGCUGACACCGAAGGGGAUCGGAGCCCAGGGGACGGUCUGCGCUGCUUACGACACGGUGACAAACCAGAACGUGGCGAUUAAGAAACUUUCGCGGCCGUUCCAAAAUGUUACCCACGCCAAGAGGGCCUACAGGGAGUUCAAGCUCAUGAAACUUGUCAACCAUAAAAACAUAAUUGGUCUUUUAAAUGCGUUCACACCCCAGAAGUCGCUGGAGGAGUUCCAGGACGUGUACCUCGUCAUGGAGCUCAUGGACGCCAACCUGUGUCAGGUGAUACAAAUGGACCUCGACCACGAGAGGAUGUCUUAUCUUCUUUACCAGAUGCUUUGCGGUAUCAAGCAUCUUCACUCAGCCGGCAUCAUACACAGGGAUUUAAAGCCCAGCAAUAUAGUCGUGAAGUCAGAUUGCACUCUGAAAAUUCUAGACUUCGGCCUAGCCCGAACAGCCGGCACCACGUUUAUGAUGACUCCUUACGUUGUAACAAGGUACUACAGGGCGCCGGAAGUCAUCCUCGGGAUGGGUUACAAAGAAAACGUCGACAUUUGGUCAGUCGGCUGUAUCAUGGGCGAAAUGAUCCGCGGAGGUGUACUCUUCCCUGGUACAGAUCACAUCGACCAGUGGAAUAAAAUCAUAGAACAACUCGGGACACCGUCAUCAGAAUUUAUGAUGCGGCUGCAACCCACUGUUAGGAAUUAUGUGGAGAACCGGCCACGCUAUUCCGGGUUCCCAUUCGACAAACUUUUUCCUGAUGUGCUUUUCCCAUCAGACUCUAGUGACCAUAGUCGUCUUAAAGCAAGCCAAGCUCGUGACUUGCUCUCACAGAUGCUAGUUAUUGAUCCGGAAAAGAGAAUUUCCGUUGAUGAGGCUCUAAUGCAUCCUUACAUCAAUGUGUGGUACGAUGAAGGAGAAGUCAAUGCUCCUGCACCUGGUCCGUACGAUCACUCAGUAGACGAACGUGAACAUUCAGUUGAACAGUGGAAGGAGCUUAUAUACCAAGAAGUGAUGGAGUAUGAACACUCACACAAUGGUAGCCAGCAACCUCGUCCUUCUGCGUCGGCCGAGGACGAAUCGGCGGCUUCAAGACGGUAGAGCAAAUGAUGGCUUCCCUUCUGUCUCCUCCUGCCCUCAUUCAGCGUCCAAAUACAACCAACAUGAACCUCCCAACCAACAAAGUAAAAUCUCAUGAAAAUCUUUGUAUAAAAACAAAACGAAAAAAGAGAAAAACAACAUACCCUCCAAAAGUAAUUUGAAGAUUCCCAAAACAGAAUCUAGCUCUAUAUAAAGGGAAUGUCAAAUUGCAUCCCUGCUCAUUUAUAACAUUUCGUUUAAACAUUUAAUGUAAGAAAAUGUUGAAACAUAUCAAUACGUCUGGCAACGUAUAGAUAUACUGAACUAUAUUUUUUUUUCUUGUGAUACACUGUUUAUGAAUCCCCUUCAAUCAAAUUAUUUUAAAAAAUCUCACUUCCCAAGAACAUUUUUUGAAAAAUUGAUAUAUUUUCUAAAUGAGCUUUUUUUUUCUUUAAAUAAAAUGCACUUUCUAAUUAAUCAUAAAAGUUUUAAUUUGUCCGUCUGAAUUGUUUUUUGUGUUGUAAGAAAAUAAAAGGAAAAAGACGGGAGCGCUCAUUCUAAUACUAUUUCAGAGCAUCGACUCUGCUAAUGUACCUGAUGGAAUAAAUCAGUCAGGCUCAUUUCUUAAUUCUUUGAUUCGUUUCCUUAUUAGUGAAAAUGCCUUGUACAAAGAAGUCGCUCGUAGUUAACAUGAUAUAUAAAAUUUUAAACGUUAUUAAAAACCCUUUAGGGAGUAUUUUGGGAAGUUGAUUUUAAGUCCCACAGUUUUUAACUGCUGUCAUUCCAAGCUUUGAUAUCCAUCUUGUGUUGAACUAGGAAUAAUUUUGCAGAAAUAAGUAAAUUAUUUGAAGAUAAUUUUGUUUUUAUUCCGUUGAUUUCAAUGUUUUAUUAUCGCUUACUAGCAUGGUGAAUGUUUUGUAAAAAAAAAAGUAUUGUUACUUUUACUCAUUCUACUAUAAUAACUAUACUUUAUUAAAAACAUAAUUUUAUGUGUUUAAAGGUUAAGGGAAAACAUACAAAAUAGUUUUUUUUGCGUAUAAUUUUUUUUUUUUAAACCAUUGAAAAGUAUUUGUUUUUAAAAUUUUCUAGUGUAUGGAAUAGUAUUAAGACAAUAAUGUUUAACAUCAGUUACAAAUUUGUUUAUCCUUAUGUUUCCAAUUAAGUACAACUGAUUGUUCAUCUUUUUUAAACCCACUGCCCUUUGUAGUUUGUAAGUACAAAAACCGACAGUUUUAUGUAUAUGCUAAAGAUAUUAAGGAUUUGGUCACUUUUGGAUUUAAAAAAAAAAGUUUUGUAGCACAUGAACAGACUGAAUGGUUUUUAAUGCUCUUUAGUAUAUAUAUAUAUUUAAAUAAAUAAAAAGUCUGGAUUAGCAAUAUUUAUAUAAUAUUGUUCUAAUUGCUGAUACUAUGAUCCUUAAAUCUGAUUAUCACAAAGAAGAGCUUUGUUUUUAUUUUUUAAAUGCAGUCAAAUCUUUCUUAUUUAGCUGUUUUGUAACUUAUAUUCCUGAUUGAGCCACAUUCUAAACACUGUAAAUAAAACACAGAUAGUAAAAAAAGGAUCAUAGUUAUCACAUUCAAAAUGUUAAUAUCUCAUUUAAAAGAUAAAAAAAAUACUAUGUUAAUAACGGAGUGAUAUUCUUAUAGUUUUAUAGGAUAUGAAGAUAUAUAUAUAAUUCUGGCACGGUUGAAAGGUUUUAACACCUUUAAUCGUCAUUUAAAUUAGCAUCCGAUCCAAUAUUUCGAUCCAGGUCGAACUUGUCAUGUUUAUAUCUUACAAAUUUAAAAAGUUAUGGAAAAACAAAUAUGUGUUGUGAGUUCAUGAACCUAGUGGUAAGAAUAUUAGCACCUCACUUUUAUUCGUAAAAUUGUUUAUUGUGUUUAAUACUUAAAUACCUGUUUUGUACAUAGAAGAUAUGCUUGUUCUUUUCAUUUUUAUAUACAUAUUUAAGUGAUUGUAUUAUUUAAAAACAAAAUAAGUGAUUUUUCAGUUAAGUGUUACUACUAUUCAAGGGUUUUCGAAUAGGGUUAUAUAUAAUAAAUUUAAAAAAAAAUUCCCUCCACCAUGUGGGCAGAAGAGAAAAUAUGAUUUCUAAAGAAAAAAGUUUUUAAAAUAUAUAUAUUUUACGUUUGUAUACAAUUUGUCAAAUAUGAAAAUACCUCCUGUAUAUAUAGCAUAUACAUAAAGGCACUGUAUUUUUGUGAGUACAGUGAGAUGAAUUGUAAUAGCUUACAAAUUUUAGCGAUGAAGGUGAUACAAUAGGUAAAUGAUAAAAAUAUAGAAUUUAAAAUUGCUAAAAUAUACCCUAAUGAUGUGCACUCCGGUGUAAUUAAUGAAUUAAUACAAAAAUAAAUAAUUACUGACACUUUGUGAUGAACUUUAGCCACAUCAAUGUGUAUGUACUACCACAAUUUCCUUUGGUAGUAAUUCAUUCACCACAGUUUUAAAUUUGUAGUUUAAUGACUAUUUUUCAAAAACUAUCGUAAUAAAAAAAAGAUAUCCUGUACUCCAAAAAAAUGUAGUAAUUUAUUUGUGACUGUACAAAGUAGAUUGUAUCGAUAAUAAUAAUAUAAUAUUAAAUAUUAUUAAUUAGUAAAUAUUAUUUGUAGGUUAUAGGAGGGCUAUAAACAUUUUAAGAGUUAUAAAUUUAAUGAUUUAAACAAAAACCUUUUACAAGAGUUCUGAGCAAAAUUCUGAAGGGAUAUUUUUUACCUUUUUGCUAGCUGUUACCAAGUAAUUAAUUAUUAAUUUAUUGUGCAAAACAUGUUUCCCAAACAUCUUAUUAUCUCGGAAAACAAGGAGAAAGAUGCAGAAAUGAUUAAUAAUCCAGGAUUGAACAUUAGGUUUUAAAAUUGUAAUUAAUAAACCCAUGAUAUGCAAUCAUUUUCUA